AUGCUCAACCCGACGCCUCGGUACCCAUCUUCAGCCUACCAGCCUUCCACCUCCCCGCAGUCGUCGCCGUCACCUCGAUGCUCCUCCGCCUUCGACGACGAAGACUUUUGCGACAUUGAUGUGCCCUCGUCGCGAUCCGUGAGCCCCGCCAUAGAAUUAACCCCCUGCUCCUCGCCCCGGCGACACGCCAUGGCCAACCAACCGCCGUCCCUCAAGGACAUCCUCCUCGACACUGCCCCGCCCCCCUGGAGCCUCAGCGCCUUCAUGGCCUACCUCUCCCAGAACCACUGCAUGGAGACGCUGGAGUUCACCCUCGACUCCCAACGAUACGCCGCCUACUAUGACCAGCUCGGAGCCGAGCAGCCGCCUUCGCGCGAGAAGAGCGAGCGCGUCUGCGGCUGGUGGGAGAAGCUGAUGCAGGUCUACAUCGUCCCCUGCGCGCCCCGCGAGGUCAACAUUCCCUCUCCCGUCCGGGAUCGUCUCCUCGGCAUCCCCUACGCCCUCUCCCCGCCCCAUCCGUCGGAGCUCGAGGACGCCGGCCGCAUCAUCUACGAGCUCAUGAACGACUCGCUCCUCGUCCCCUUUCUGCAAGCCGUCGGCCCUCAACAGCUGGCCGUUUCCGACGAGCAGGCCCGUUUGCUCCACCGUCGGUCCCGAAGCAGCGGUGGCCGGGACCAUGGUCGUCGUCAUGUGCCGACCCAAUCCUUACCCUCGUCCCAUCCGAUCGACAUCGAGGGCCUCACCGACGACAGCGACGGCAACUCGCCCCCCCUCCUGGAGCCCAUGACGCCCCCGACGACGCCCCCGACCUCCGACUACGCCUUCCACUCCCCCGGCGGCUUCCACCGCGCAGUGGCCGCCCAUAGCAAAGGCUGGAAAAAGGUCGGGGCCAAACUGGGCUUCACGCGUAAGAGCUCAAGCCGCCGCUCCACUCCAACCUCGUCGAGCACAGACUACGACCCAUCCUUUCCGGAAACCAGCCAUAGCAGUAGCAAUGCCAGCUGA